UCAAAUCUCGUCUAGCCUUUUCCUACCUCAUCUUCCCAACCCACAGGCAUACUAUACUUGUGGCUGGUACUUCACACACAAAUUUAUCUCCGAGAUGUCGCUUUUUAUGGAUAUGAUAAUAGUGGCUUUUCUAAGUCCGGUAUCGAAUUACGUCAACAAUAAAAAGUGCGCAAUUCUGGAGAACUACAGCGGCGAAGAGGAAAGAAAAGCAUUUGCAGCACACUGGAUGGGGCAAACAGAAUUGUAUGGUGGUUUUGUCAAGAAAUAUCUUGGUUUCGAUGAAAACGGAGAAGGAGAAGACGAGGUUUGAUGUACCAUAUAAUUUUUACGACUGCUUUUGGCCUAAACUGUGGUUUUGUUUUAGAACCAAAAAGGCUACUUAUGUACUAUUCCCUGAUGAAAAAUUAAUAUUCACGAUAAAAUAAUUCAAAUAAUCAACAAAAACUUUGAAAUUAGGAGUGAACCUACCACCGUACCUUACCGUUGGUUUGGCCAGUAUUUUGAUACAUUAUGUUCAGGCCGCUCCAUUCUGUGUCUCCGCUGAUGUAGACUUUCACAACAGCCCUUACUGUCAUGUUGUUAAUCUUUCCAUCUCCCUUGAUGGCAUUCUCAAUAAUUUUCCAGCCAGCACUACCCGUGUUGGCGUACUCGACCUUCGCUCUUGGGCUUGUCCAAAUCCCUGACUCAACUUCCCAUAUAA